UCUCUCCUACCAACUCACGCAUAGUCUUCUCCUCCCUCUCCCCUCUCCGCGAAUCUCUCCUUCGAACUCCUCUCCGUCCAACCUCUCUUCCAUAAACCCCUCUCCACGAAUCUCUCCUCCGAACACCUUCAAACAGUGAGCUUUUUUAGCACCAAUCGCACCUUGCCUUGAAAGCCUUCACUGCCGCUCGAAGCGAGCAGUAGUACGAUGUCGAUCUCAACCUCUACGCGUCUCCACCUUGUCUAGGUGCGGAUCGCAGCAGGAGAUUGAUACCUUGGUUGCUGAUCUAAUGGAGGAGGGAUGACUCUCCACGGAGACCUCCAAGGGGGUUCCCUAAUGGCCGAUUGAUGGCGAGGAGGAGAGCUAAUCGGCGAGCCGAUCAGCGAUGGUGUAGAAGGUCAAGAUUGGAUUUUACUUCGCCGCGUAGUGAGCGCUGAACGUGGUGUUCAACAUCUACAACAAGAAGGUUCUUAACACCUUCCCCUACCCUUGGCUGACCUCCACACUCCCCCUUGCUGCCGGCUAGCUCCCUCAUGUUUUAGGUCAAGUUUGAUUUAACCUCUUCAAAGAACAUGUUGAAAUGAUAAAAAAGAUUUAUGGCAAUGCAAAUGUCCGUUACGCAUGGCUUGCUUCCUCCAAGGAUGCGGUGGAUGAGAUGAUGUCUCAUGAGGUUCUGAAGCAACCUGUGCAGAAAUGACUUUAUGGAAAUGGACUUCAUCUUGCCCUUACAAAUUGCUCUGAUAUAUGGACUUGGAGAAAUGGAAUCUUUCAUAUGAAGAGGAAGAGGAAAUUGUUAGUGCAAUAACUCUUACACUCAAUACAAUUGUUAACAAGGAGCUGAAGAAGAGUUCACUGUCUAGAUUACUCUCUUCUAGCUACAAAGCCAUUGAGAAACUUAUACAUAGUGGUAGGUGUUUUGUCCCAGUCUCAAGCCGUCAAUCCAUUUUGAUCAAUAUAUCUAGUAGAAGUAAGCAUGCAGAUCGUUGUCUUCGAGGUGUUUUAGAUUGUAAAUUUCAUCUGAGGCAGCCAUGGCUAUUCACAGCUGGAGCAGAUUCUAUCACAGCUUAUCGCUUUGACCGGGAUGAAUAUACCGCGGAAAGAGGGCGUCGGUGUGAGCAGAAGGCUGGCGGAAGGGUCAGCGUGGAUGUACACGUUAAACAGCCGCUCCUGUCCGCGGAAGAACUCUGAAUUGGCAAGGAACAUGAACGCAAUCUUGGGCGGCGAGGCCAUUGGAGGCUUCUGGGCUUAUGGUAACCUAGUAAGUAUGCCAGUCGAUAAUGAAUAUUGCAUCUUGUUAAAAGAUUUUUUGAAUUAUGAUUUGCCUCUUACACCUUUUUAUGUUUUCCUGAUGCCUCAAGGAGGAAUACUAAAUACCCUUUAUAUAUAUCACAGCCAUGAUAUCCCAAGAGGGCUUCUAGCAACAACAUUCCUCUUGGUUGUGUUUAACUGCCUAGUUUUCAGAUAUACUCCAUGCUUGUUUUUGACAGCUUUGAAGCAGGUUAUACAAGCCGAACAAAUCGACCCUGCACGAUUUGGGUUCGAUCUGGCUUCCGAGUAUUUUAUGGCUUCAUCUCGUUCUUCAUUGGAGUAGCACUUCCUUUCCUGUCUAGUCUUGCUGGCAUCUUGGGUGGCCUCACUCUCCCGCAAUUUUUGGGAAUCAUGGAGAGCAAGACGUGGAUAUGGAAUAGGAAGUCCACAGGGAAGAACAUUGAGAAAGGGAAGACCCUGGAGUUGGAGAAAUCUAUAGAAAACUUGAACGAACAACUAUCUUCUGUCCGCAGCGAGUCCAAUGCUAAAGAUGAUCUUUUGGCAAAGCAAGCAAAAGUAGCUGAGGAAGCAAUUUCAGGAUGGGAAAAAGCAGAAGCUCGAGCUCUGGCAUUACAGAAACAAUUGGAUGAUGCCUUGCUUCAGAAGAAAAUGGCAGAAGAAAGAUUAGUCGAACAGGAUACAGAAUUACAAGAAUUCAGGCAGCAACUAAUUUAUUAGUUGUAAAUACUGUUGU